ACAGCUGACCCUCAUGCUACAGAUGAGAAAACUGAGGAGAGAGGAAGAGCCGUGAGUUGGUGGCUGAGUAGACCUCCUCCCUUCCUGGUCUUUGCCUGACCAGGAUCCCUGCACAACCCACUUAGUUCAUCCCCCAGGCACAGAUCCCUCUUCCUCCCCAAUCCAUGUAUCUUUUUGGCCUCUCUUUCUGCCAUCUGUCCUGAAGAAAACAUCUGAUAAGCUAUCUUAUCAUUAUGAAGAUUAUGUAGAAAUAAUGGCUACUGUUUGUUGACAUGUACAUGCCAUGUGCCUUUUAUGAAAAAAAAAGCUAACAUUUGUAGAGAGGGCUUGUUGCAUAUAUGCCAAACUCUGUGCCAACCAUUUUAAAUGCUUUAUCUCGUUUAGUUCUCACAAUGAACCCAUGAGGUAGGUCCUGAUCAAUUGCCCCAUUUUACAGAGGUCAUGUGAUGAGUGGAAGAGCCAGGAUUUCAGCCAGGCCCAUCUGAUCCCCAGCCUGUGUCCUGAACUGCUCCACCCCCAUAUGUGAGAAGAGCUUACAAGGGCAAGAGUGAUACCCGCCUCAGGGGUGCUUGUAUUAGACUAGCAUCUGCUCACUGUCCCAAAGACAUGGCUGGCUUUGCAGCUGAGAGUGAGGCCAUGACAGGGGAGAUUGCAGACAUAGGGUCAGGCCCUUUGGACAGCCGGUGGUUCUCUGCAGAGCAGUGAAGCCCCACACCGACUGUGCAUCAGGGCCACCUGGAGAGUGCACUGAAAAUACCCAGUGACGGGACCAUCCCAAACCUGCAGAAUCAGAAUGUCCAUGGGUGGGGCCACGGAUCUGUUUUUUAACAAGCUGGUGAGAAGAUUCUGAUUCAAGUGGUCUGUGGCUGUAUUUAGCAUCUAUUCGUUCUGUCACUCCUGCUGCGAACCUUCCAUGGCUCCCCACUGUUUACAGAAUAAAGUCCUGACUCCUGAGCCGGAUGGUCAGGGCCCUUCCACCAACUUCAUCUUCCCUUACGGCACUUCACCACCUGUCACACCGGACUCUGCCAGCCUCGGGGCCUUUGCUCAGGAUGAGUCCUCCCUCCAGAAGGGCUUUUACAAGAGAGGCUGGAGUCAGACAGACCCGAGUUCAAAUCUAGACUUUUUCACUUACUAGCCUAGGACCUCAGGCAAGUCAUUUUACCUCCCUGAGCCUCAAUUUUCCUCAUCAGUAAAAUGGGAAGAAAGAUACUUGCCUGGCAGGACAUUGCACAGAUUCCAUUAGGUAAUUAGUAACGUGAAGCACCAGGAACACAGGAGGCUCCAGUACAUGGCAGCAAUCAAGGCUGUGACUCACCCCACCUUUGUCUUCGGAACAAGAGCUGGACAGGAAGCUACAAUGGGUGUCUGGCAAGUGGGGACAAGGGCCGCCGGCGAAGUCGCCUGGCACUGAGCCGCCGGCCACAUGCCAACGGAGUGAAGCCAGACGUCAUGCAUCACAUCUCCACACCGCUCGUCUCCAAGGCACUGAGUAACCGUGGACAGCACAGCAUCUCAUACACACUGUCCCGGAGCCACUCAGUCAUAGUCGAGUACACACAUGACAGUGACACAGACAUGUUCCAGAUCGGCCGCUCCACGGAGAACAUGAUCGACUUUGUGGUGACAGACACAUCCCCUGGAGGAGGGACGGCUGAGGGCCCCUCUGCCCAGAGCACCAUCUCCCGCUACGCCUGCCGCAUCCUCUGUGACCGCCGGCCGCCUUAUACUGCCCGCAUCUAUGCCGCUGGCUUCGAUGCGUCCAGCAACAUCUUCCUUGGAGAGCGGGCGGCCAAAUGGCGGACCCCUGACGGCCUGAUGGAUGGCUUAACCACCAAUGGGGUCCUGGUGAUGCACCCAGCGGGCGGCUUCUCUGAGGAUUCAGCCCCAGGUGUCUGGCGGGAGAUCUCGGUGUGUGGGAACGUGUAUACUCUGAGGGACAGCCGCUCAGCACAGCAGCGGGGGAAGCUGGUGGAAAACGAGUCCAACGUGCUGCAGGAUGGCUCCCUCAUCGACCUAUGUGGGGCCACGCUGCUGUGGCGCACACCGGCGGGGCUGCUGCGGGCACCCACGCUGAAGCAGCUGGAGGCCCAGCGGCAGGAGGCGAACGCGGCGCGGCCCCAGUGCCCUGUGGGCCUCAGCACCCUGGCUUUCCCCAGUCCGGCCCGUGGCCGCACGGCACCAGACAAGCAGCAGCCCUGGGUCUAUGUUCGUUGCGGCCACGUCCAUGGCUACCACGGUUGGGGCUGCCGGCGAGAGCGGGGUCCCCAGGAGCGAGAGUGUCCUCUCUGCCGCCUCGUGGGGCCCUAUGUGCCCUUGUGGCUCGGUCAGGAGGCCGGCCUCUGCCUGGACCCCGGGCCGCCCAGCCACGCCUUUGCACCCUGCGGCCAUGUCUGCUCCGAGAAGACUGCCCGCUACUGGGCCCAGACACCACUGCCCCAUGGCACCCACGCUUUCCAUGCCGCCUGCCCCUUUUGUGGGGCCUGGCUCACCGGUGAGCAUGGCUGCGUCCGCCUCAUUUUCCAGGGGCCACUGGACUAAGCUGCCUGGGGACCCCUGCUGCUGCGCCCGCCUGCCCACCUAGGUCCCCCACUUCCUGCAGCCCAGAGGGAGCUCUGCAUGUGGGACUCUACCUGCUGGCACAAAGCUACACCAGAUGGACGUGUUGGAUGGGCUGUGCCCCUCCCCUUUUAACUCUGGUCCCCAAGGGGGUCCCCAAGAUCCUUACCCAAGUCAAAAUGAUGGAGCUCUGUCCUGGGCUGACGGAGGGAAGCCCACCCCCAUGCCCUGGCCCUUCUUGGGGCAUUUCACAUCAUGCCGCCUACACUGUGCCCCUGGGGGAGUGAAAGGGCCGUAGGCCCCUGACCCCCAGCUUAGGCCGGCUGUACCCUGAGCCUGCCAACCCAGUUCUAGACAUUCACCCUGCUGCUGCCCUGGGUUCCUCUAUAAACCUUGCUACUCAGCUGCCCUCACCAAUCCCAUGUGUCCCGCAUGUGUGCAAUGCCUCCAGCCCUAGUGAAUGACAGGUGGGUGGAAGACUGCGACCGGCAUCUGCUGAUACCCACUAUGGGCUGGAGUCCACGCCAAGGGGGCUCUGGGGACACCGAGACAAUCAGAUCUGGUUCCCUGCCUGGUAGAGUCCACAGUUUAGUGGAUGACAGACCAAAUUACUGAAUGACAGCACAGCUUCCUACGUGCCAGGGUCAGAAUUAGAGGCUAUGGAGCAGGCCUUCCUGGUGGGUGGAAACAUGAGGGAGGCUUCACCGAGGAGGUGGCGUAGGAGCUCAGCUAAAUGGCUACAUUGGAACCCCCCACAGGAAGGGGAGGAUGCAAUAGGCAGAAGGGAGCAGUGGAGCACAGGCUCUGAGGUAAGUAAGCGGGAACUGAGUGAGGGAUUCAGAGUGGCCGGAGCAGGGGCUGCAGGGGAACAGGAAGGAGGCUGGAGCCAGAGGUUGGGGCUGUGCUGAUGGGGAAGAUGCUGGAUAGAGGAUUCAGAACCUCAUUUUGGACAGUGAGGACCCAAGGGAGGGAAGAGGACUCACAGUUCCAGAGCGUUGGCUGUGACACGAGGAUCACCAUUCCCGAAUGCCCACCAUGUGCCCUGCACUGUGCUAAUGGUAAUAAUAACUACAUUCAUUGAGCACCCACCAGGCACCAGGCUCUGCUUCUCGGAGGUUUGGUUAUUUAAUCCUCACAGGAAACCAGGGAGGGACGUGUUACCAUUUCUGUUUAUGGGGAGAUUAAGGCACAUGCUGCAAGCCACACAGCUAGACAGUGACCGAGCCAGAUUCACAGCUAUGGCUGCCUGCCUGGCCUUGAAGACGGCCCUCUUCUCCAUCACACUGUGCUGCUUUCCUUGAAUGAAAGGGAGGAGUUGGGAGGGCAGUCUAGAUAAGGGGAACAGUGUGGGCAAAGGUGUGGCAGGAAAAAUGCUUGAUGACCAAAGAGCCAAGUGUGGAGAUGUUGGGCUGGGGCCUGGCGGGCGUUGGUUGCCAUGGAGGCCAAGUCUGAAUUGAAUCCCUAUUCAUCUUGGCUAAGUGUCUCCUCUGAGAGUCAAGGUGAGCUCGGGGUGCUGCUCAGGUUGCCCUCAAGCCAUUUCUAGGGGGAGUGGGCUAGGAAGAAAGGUCGAGGUUCUGGAGACAUCAAAAUCUGAAGAGACUCUGAAUACAAGCCUGACCUGGGCAACACCCUCAGUGGAAGACAGCUGCCUUAGGGAGUACGAUUCCUAGGGGAGGGGCCUGCCCCGGGCCACACAACUGGUUGGGGCCCAGAGACCAGACCUGGGGCUGUUGAGAGGGCACCUGUCAGUAGUGAGAGGAGGAUGUAAUCAGAUUCUUGCUUCCAGAGCACAGCCUUACACUGCCACAGUGGGGGAGCCGAGCUGGGGGUCCUGGGGAGGGUGUGGGAGCAUGGCAACUCCUACACACAUGUACACACACUCACAGAGCACCAGCAAUCCAACUCUGCCCAGUGGUUCUCUCUUCUGACCUGGUUGGGAACCAGACGGGAACAUUCCACCCCAUUUCUAGGAGGGAACCUCAGACUCUACAAGAGAGAUGAGAAGGCAUAGGCACCACCCCGGGGAGAACUUAGAUGGUUGUGGAGGGAGUCAGACUGCCCUGGUCUUGGCCCAGCUUUGUCCCUUUCCGGCUCCUGGAGCCUCAGUGUCCUCAGCUGUUAAAUGGAAUAAUAGUCCUGUCACCAGGUGGUUGUGAAUUAUGGAGGACACCUGUAACACAGUAGGUACUUAAUAUUAUUUCCUCACCUACUUCUUCAUUCCCAUGGGGAACAGCCAAAGCCAUGACUGUAGUGAGUGGACUGCUCCAUGUGAUACCAUGUAUGUGUGUGUGUGUUGGGGCAGGUGGAGGGAACAGUGUGGUGGAAAGUCUGAGGAAGGCUAGACCCUAGUUCAAGGACACCUGAGGACAUGCUGGGUGGCGUUAUGGAAGUCGAUGAACUUAUUAGCCUCAAUUUCCCCAUCUGUACAAUGGGUAGAAUGAUGAUAUCCUAUCUCAGGGUUUUUGCAAGAAUAAAAUGAGAGCCUACAUGUCAAGCUACUAGCACAGGACCACAGUAAGGCUCAGAUUAGCUGUAAUCAGAAAAAUGCAGCCUGGAUGGGGCUCCCAGGAGUACUGGGAUCUUGCUGGCCUGAGCUGCCCACUGGUGGCCGUGGACAGCACUGCCUCCUUUACUGGUGUCCAUUUCAACUUCACCCAAGUCAGGGAAGACUUUAUACCCAAUUUAAAGACAAUGAAAGUUGAGGCACAGGGAAGAGGGGUGACUUUCCUAAGGAAUCAUCAUCAGAGCUAAUAGUAGCACUGUUGAGCCAAGUGGGGCUUGGGAACCUUUGUGAAUGAGAAACACGCUCAUGGUGGGCAGAUGCUGCUCUGGGUCUAGAUGCAGGUGUGGCAAAGGCUGGCAAGGAGGGUGUGUGGAUUUCAGGUAUCCCUUUAUCCCCGCACCCCUCUCUGUACAACACUAGGGGGCAGCACUGCCCAGUCAACACUUCUUUCGAGCCUACAACAUCCCUGGGAGUGGAGACAAUUAUUAGUCCCGUUUUUCUGCUCAGAAAGCCAAGACUCAGGUAAUGUGACCCAUCCAAGGACACACAGCCAGUAGGACGUGGAGGCCUGAUUCGACUUUAGAUGGCCUGACUCCGCC